UUAAUCAGCGCUGGCAAGACUGUUUAAUGGUGACGUUUCCGACAAGGCGACAGAAAUAAAAAAAUCAUCACUGGAAUUUAUUUCGUGAAUUGGAGAUUUUACGGUGUCCCUAUUGGAAUAAUUUUAUUAUGAUGAGAUUUAUUUCUUGUGUGUACUGUUCAUGAUAGUGCCCGUGUAGAGAAUCAUGUUCGUCAUCCAUAAUAAAUUCGUCAUGUCUCUCGUCUAUGCGGUUUGCGCAUUUUUGCUCUUGACGCCUACAACAGCUUUUUAUUUACCCGGCUUAGCCCCGGUAAAUUAUUGUAAAGCUACAGAAGAGAAUUCUAAAUCUUGCAAGAAUGAGAUCCCUCUUUAUGUGAACAGGCUCAAUACAGAAGAGUCUGUGAUUCCAUUUGAAUAUCACCACUUUGACUUCUGUCUCGCUGAUGAAGCCCAGUCCCCCGUUGAGAAUCUCGGUCAAGUUGUGUUUGGUGAGAGAAUCCGGCCCAGUCCAUACAAAAUAAACUUCCUGAAGGAUGUGCGUUGUGAAUCACCCUGCAGUAAGGUCUACAACCCUCAGGAUCCAGACGCAGUGAAGAAAUUAAAUCUGUUGAAAAUGGGAGCUGCUUUGUACUAUCAACAUCACUGGAUUCUGGAUAAUAUGCCAGUGACAUGGUGCUAUGUGGUGAAUGAAGGAGGCAAAACAUUCUGCAGCACUGGAUUCCCCAUGGGAUGCAAAGUUAGUGGAGAUUCGGAUACAUCCUGUGGACCAAUUGUGUCCCCUAAAGGUGACGAAGCCGGUACUUUCUUCCUUUUCAACCAUGUUGAUUUGGAGAUCACAUACCAUAGCGGGGACAAGGAAGACUGGGGAGUCGACUUUACAAACGGUGGCCGAAUCAUAUCAGCUAAGGUCAAACCAGCCAGUAUUGAUCACCAGAAAGCAGGCAAAGUGGACUGCAGCUUCCAAACUCCUUUGAAACUGCCCAAGACACUUAAAGAGAUGCUUAACAUCACUUACACAUACAGUGUCACUUUCCAUAUGAAUAACAGCAUUAAAUGGUCGUCCAGAUGGGACUACAUACUGGAGUCUAUGCCACAGACGAACAUACAGUGGUUCUCAAUACUGAACUCAUUAGUAAUAGUGCUGUUCCUUAGUGGAAUGGUGGCUAUGAUAUUGCUAAGGACGCUGCAUAAGGAUAUAGCUAGAUACAAUCAGAUGGAGUGUGGCGAAGACGCUCAGGAGGAAUUUGGUUGGAAACUGGUACAUGGCGACGUAUUCCGCCCUCCCAGACGAGGAAUGCUGCUUGCCGUAUUCCUUGGUUCUGGCGCACAGGUAUUUGGCAUGACUCUGGUGACACUAGCGUUCGCGUGCCUCGGGUUCCUGUCGCCGGCCAACCGCGGCGCGCUGAUGACGUGCGCGCUGGUGGCCUGGGUGCUCCUCGGCGCCGUGGCGGGCUACGUGAGCGCCAGAAUCUACAAGAGCUUCGGCGGAAGGCGGUGGAAGAGUAAUAUACUGCUCACUUCUAUGGUCUGCCCUGGCGUGGUCUUUGGUCUGUUUUUCGUCAUGAACCUGGUACUCUGGGGUAAGGGCUCGUCAGCCGCGGUUCCUUUCUCCACGCUGGUGGCGCUGUUGGCUCUGUGGUUCGGAGUCUCCGUGCCGCUCACCUUCAUCGGGGCUUACUUCGGCUUCAGGAAGAGGAUCCUCGACCACCCGGUGCGCACCAACCAGAUCCCGCGCCAGAUCCCCGAGCAGUCGCUGUACACGCAGCCCGUGCCCGGCAUCAUCAUGGGCGGGGUGCUGCCUUUCGGGUGCAUCUUCAUUCAGCUGUUCUUUAUACUUAACUCGCUGUGGUCUAGCCAGAUGUAUUAUAUGUUCGGAUUCCUGUUCCUGGUGUUCAUGAUUUUGGUGAUAACUUGCUCGGAGACGACCAUCCUGCUGUGCUACUUCCACCUUUGCGCUGAAGACUACCACUGGUGGUGGAGGGCUUUCCUUAGCUCAGGCUCGACCGCCGGCUACCUGUUCAUCUACUGCUGCCACUACUUCUUCACCAAACUGAACAUCGAGGGCGCCGCCUCCACUUUCCUCUACUUCGGAUACACUCUCAUCAUGGUCUUCUUAUUCUUCCUCCUCACCGGAACUAUAGGAUUCAUGGCUUGUUUCUGGUUCGUGAGGAAGAUAUAUAGCGUCGUUAAAGUCGAUUAAGUAAGUUUAAGCAGGUGGCGUCGGUUCAGCGGACGUCUGAACGGCGGUAGGAUGUGCUUGGUCGUUUUCUAGAACGUUCGAGUGAUUCAUAAUUUUUCUAUUGAAUUCGUGGACGUAAAGGCGUCGAUGGAUGCCGACAGCAGUCGGUAAGGGUCGUGAUUUGCGAUUGUACGGCAUAACCAUAUAGCAUCCACUUAAAUUAAAUUUUAAAAUUCUGAAAGUUAGACGGAAUUUUAUGAAAAAUAUCUGCUUUUAUAGUUUACAAAUUGGAACGAUAAAGUUCUUAUAUUGCAGACCCGCAUUGCUGUUGGUAACUACACGAAGAAAAAGUAUUAUGCAUAAGUAGGGCAAUAACAUGUAAAAAAAUUAUAUUAUGAAGCUCAAAGACUUUAUUGUGUAUAUUUCAGCUAUUACACUAGACUUAAAUAAACAGCUAGUAAGCUGUUUAUUUGUUUGUAAACUCUUUAUUGCACACAAAAAUAAAUAUAUCGAAUUAUACAACCGUCAUUGGAUUUAGAAGAAUAUGUACAAUGGCGGACUUAUACCAAUUGGGAUUUCUUCCUUUCAACUAAAAUCUUUUCCUGUUCUUCCUGAAAGGGAUAAGUAGAAUUUCCCAGUGGAAGCUAUGUGGUGUAAGACCUACAUGACAGCUGAACGCAAUGUGAUUGAAUGUAUAAAAGUUUAUAUAACUAGUUCUAUAGUCACAUGAAAUAUAAUUUUGUUUUCUUAUUUUAUUUCUUAGUCAUUAAUUGUAAAUAAUUUCUACAAAGUAUAUCUUAAUCAAAUAUUUAUUAUUUUCCUGUUUGAUUCGUACUUGCACAAUGAAUUUAGUUGUAGCAAAGUGUGCGGUGGAAGUCCAUCAAAAGAAAACAAUCCUUGACAUAUUUUGUACUUAACAUAUCGAUAUAAAUUUACUUCGAAAUGAGGUCGUAGCCGCGGAAGCAGCCUCAAAAACAAUUCAUGUUUAUCAUUCCAAAAUUAGUUUUAAAUCAAGACGCUAGUUACGAGCGUACAUACCGAAGUAUUUCGAUUAUUUUAUCUUACCUCUCAGUCUCAUUGGAUAUAAUUUUUUGACCUUUUGAUCUCCGUCAUUGCAACGAAAAAUGAAAAUAUGUAACAGAUCUGGCACAUUGUGAUUCACCAUUAACUUCUCAGCUACCAAAGCACUGAUCAGUGCACUGGCCUCACCUACUUAAGCUCUGAUUAGCGCUCGCUCUGCCGGCCACGUUUUUUAUUUUUAUUUUUGUGAAAUGUGAAAAUAAAUGUAUUUAUAAUUAGUUCCGCAAUUUUCGUUUGUUUUAUAUGUGAUAUGUGCCUAACAACAUAUUUUAUCAUCACAUUACAUUGGCUAAUGUAAAACGAGGACUGAUAUGCGUCCGAGACGAUGUCCUGUAGGAAUACAUAUUUUUAAUUAUUAUUUUCUACUAGAAAGCAAAUUUUAUAUUUUUAUCUUUUGUACGUACCUACAGAUUAUUUAAUAAACCAACUGCUACUUACUAAAUGAUCUAAGCCUACAUACAUAGGUCUAAGAUGUAUGCAAAAUUUCCAUGUUUCGUUAUA